UGCCUUCCUUCACUGUAAAUAUUAUUUGUACUAAUCCUCUAUUGCGCCACAGUUGCGCAUAUAUUACACACUGCAGCAGUUUGGAAGCAUGCAUUUCUGCUCGGCUCUUCCCGUCACUCGGCACCUGCAUAGUGAACUCCUGUCCGUCCCACCUCGACGGGGCGCGGUCCUAAGGGUGGAGUCCACCGCCUCGUUCUGGGAACAUUGAGCCAAUCUACAAACUUGGCAGAUCCGCUGCAGUCGUCUCGCUGAAUCGAGCCGCUCUCCUCCUCCUCUGGGCUCGCUCGUUUGGAAACUUCGCUCAGUCGCUCGGUUCGAGGAAAGGGAAGAUGAUGGCUCCGGAGCCGCUGCGGUCAGCGAUGAUCACGGGCAACACGGAGGACACGUCGCUCGCGGUGCCCUCCGACAACAAGCUGCGCUCGGGAAAGCAGCGCGUGCUGGAUCAAGUGCACAGCAUCAAGAGGAGCAAGUCCAAACCAGGGCAGAGCGGCUCACUGUCUCCCUCACCUACAGCCGUGAGUCCAAAGACCUUGACGACAUACGCUGAGUUUGGAACAUUCAAGUUCGCUCCAUCCAAAACAAAUGGCACCUUCCACCGCACCAACUCCGCUACGUCAACAGGCUACAACAAAUGGAGUCGCUCUUUGUCCACUAAAACUGUAAGUGGAAGACAUGUCAGCAGCUCGGGCACAUGGGAACAACAAAUCGGCUCCUCUAACUGGCCCCACAGUCCCAAUGGGCUGAAACCCAGUCGCAGUGACCCUGCCUUGGCUCCCUCGUUUUCUGCUGUUCCUGCACCCGUUAUGAGAGCCAAAGGACAGACUGCCCAGAGCCAGCACACCCUCCAGACUCGAUUUAACAGACAAAGCACCUAUUCCAACAGCGGUCACAUGACCAGCAGUCAGCCACGCAUCUGGCCACCUUCUGCCCAGUCUCACAAUGAGAACAAGAUCAGUACCAUCAAAACCUCCAAGAAAGAGCAGCAAUCAGCGGUGAACAGCACAGCGACAAUAUCAGACCUGACCCUAAAGGAGGCUGUAGAGUUCCUGUCUAAUCCUGAAGAGACAUUCCAGCAGUGUGGAGCCACCUUCAUUCAACACACCACCUUCAAAGAGGAGCACGCCAAACAGGAGGUUUUCCAACUAGGGGGUAUCCCUGUUCUGGUGACCCUGCUGCGCAGCCCCAGCCCUGGGGUGAGCCAGGCUGCUGCCGGGGCCUUGAGGAACUUGGUGUUCAAGCACCAGAACAACAAGUUGGAGGUUCAGCACUGUGGUGGUAUAGCUAAGGCCCUGCAGCUACUAAAGGAGACAGACUCUACUGAGACUCAGAAACAGAUCACAGGCCUGCUAUGGAACCUGUCCUCUGCUGAUGAGCUGAAGGGAGAACUUAUCGCAACAGCUCUGCCCGCACUUACUGAGAAUGUAGUGGUGCCAUUCACAUGCUGGUCAGACAACAGUGCCAACAACAACAUACACCCUGAUGUCUUCUACAGCGCCACAGGAUGUCUGCGGAACCUGAGCUGUGCCCAACAGAAGGACAGGCAGGCGAUGAGAGACUGCCGUGGCCUCAUAGACUCCCUCAUGAGUUACAUGGAGGCCUGUGUGGCAGAGGAAAACCCUGAUGACAAGUCUGUGGAGAACUGUGCAUGUAUCCUCCAUAACUUGACCUACCAACUGGAGACCGAGUCGCCUCAGUGCUUUGCCAAAUUCAACGCUUUGACGGAGAGCCAGUCUGGAAGUAGGAAGAGCCCAACAAUCGGAUGCUUCAGCCCCAAGAGCAGCAAGGCUCAAAAGGAAUUUUCAUUUGAUGCUGUUCAAAGAAUGCCAGAGGACAGUGCCCCAUCAGGUGUCAAGUGGCUGUGCCAUCCCAAAGCAAUGCAGACCUACCUGUCUCUGCUGGGCUCAUCCCAGAAAGAUGCCACCCUGGAGGCCUGCUGUGGUGCCCUGCAGAACCUCACUGCCAGCAAGGGCUUGGGAUCCAGUGCCAUGAGCCAGAUUCUGGUUCAGAAGCUGGGGGCUCUGCUGCACAUGCCCCCUCUGUUAAAGUCACCUAACCGGAGCCUGCAGAAGACUGCCAUGUCCCUGCUGGGAAACAUGUCUCGGACCAGCAGUUUGCAGACCUCCAUGGCAAAGCAGAUUUUGCCUGAGCUCACCGGCCUCCUCUCCUCUGGCCCCCGGGAGAUGGGGAACUCAGACGAAACUAUAGCAACAGCUUGCAGCACGGCACGGAGUCUGAUGUUGUCGGACACUGAGGUCAGCAAGAAGUUCAUUAAUAAUGAACUGGUGUCAUCACUGGCUGACCUCAGCGAGAAUGGGUCUUUCCCCAAAGGCAGCAAAGCAGCCUCCCUGUUGCUCUACAGCUUGUGGAAUGAGAAGAAUUUGCAAGGAGUUGUGAAAAAGCUGGGGAUGGGCAAAUCCCUUUUUGUCAAUGAGAACACCUCAGCAGUGCACAAGUCAAUGCAAGUCAUUGAGUGAGAGUGACGGACAAGUGGACCGGCACAAUGAAGCCGAGAGAUGGAAACCAGCAUGUUUAGACACUUCUGUGGCCACACCCUUUCAAUGAGGAGAGUGAAAUUACUUUUCUUUUCAUUUAUUCAAUCAUUCUUUCUUCAUAUUUUUCAUAAUAACCUUGUCCUUGUUGACAGAGCUCAAUCAAAUAUGAGUCAAUCGUAUAUUGUACAUACAAUAGAGAAAAGAGAGCUUUUAAUUUCAUGAAUAAUCCUGUGGUGUUGUAUGUAUUUAAUUUCGAUAUGUUGCUGUCUGUGUAUAUAAAUGGGUGAGUGUGUUUUUGGUAGGUUAAGUGUGUGUGUGUGCUUAAACCCAGUUCCUCAUAACCAAAGAGCCACAGUGCACCAGGCAAUGUCAUCUACAGUCACAUGAUAUUGAUUCACAUUCAUGUAUUCAUAUCUGCAGUGGCUUAAUGAUAAAAUAUCUAUUGUGGCCUUGAGGACUGAGUAGCCAAAAAUGAAAGAAAUAAGAAAAAUAUAUAAAAAGCUAGAAAGAGGAAAAAAAAGCCUGAGUGUAUUAGUGAUACUGUUGCUAUCAGAUGAAAUCUUGUAUAUCCAAAGAGUGUGUUUUCCUUAAAGGUAUAAAAAAAGUGAAAUAAUAACAAGAUUUGAAAGAUUUUUUUGUUGUUGUUUUUUGCUUUGUUGAAGUUAAUAGGUUUUACACUGAAUGUACCUACAGUAUAUAAAGCAUUGAUAGAAAGAACUGAGAAAAAUCUCAGUUCAAGUGAGAAAAAAAACAGGGAUUCGGAAAGUUUCUAUAUGACAGCAAGGACAUGCUACAUUUCUGAUGUUUAAUGCCAUUUAUUGGAUUGUUUUGUUACUUUGUUUCAUCAUCUGUUUCAUUCUGUGAUUCAGAAUUUUGUUUUACAAAAAAUGAAUUGAAAAAGCUUAAUAAAUAGUUAAAGAAAUUGUUUGACGUUUUGGGAAAUACACUUAUUGGUUUGGAUCGAUACCACUCUCAUGUCUCAUUGAACAUGGAGUUACAGUCAGCAGCUGGUUAGCUUAACUUUGUAUUAAGACUGGGAAACGGGAAGCAGGGCUAGCUUGGCUCUGUCCAAAGGUACAAACCUGCACCUCUAAAGCUCACUAACUAACACAAUAUAUCUUGUUUGUUUAAUUCACACAAAAACGAAUGUAUUAAAAUGACACUUUGGGGUCUUACAGGGGGUUAUGUGCCGGACUUGUGAAACCACAAUGUUUUGCUUUUACACUUUUUCUGUGGAUUAAACCAUUGAGAGAUAACUCUUAAUUAAUGAUCAACUAGUGAAAAUAUGUUACUUUUGGACAACACCAGGUUAGCUGUUUCCUUGUUUUCAGUCUGUAUGUUCAGCUGAGCUAACAAGCUGCUGACAGUAGCUUGUAGCAAUCUUUUCUCUCAGCAAGAAAGUAAAUAAGUGUGUUUUGCAAAAUGUCCCACUAUUACUUUAAAGUGCAGUACUAAGUGCCUGCUUCUCUUCAGUUGCUUUGUCGUAAACAUGCUGAUUUAAAUUUACAUGUUUUAUAUUAUAUGUUGUUUAAUUUUGUCAUUAUUGUUUAUUUUCUUGCAUAAACUGAUAAAUCAGAGACAGAGAAGGAUUGGAAUGUAGUACAUGACAUUACCACCUGGGCACAGCUGGUGCCCAUUCACUCUUAUCAACUAUGUAAAGAAAUUUGGAGCAACAUGAAUAGUCAGUCCUCAGAAUAACUUUAGAAGUCCAAUUUCAGACUAAAAGAAAAACCUGUCAGUGUUAGUUGCUGGCUGCACACUGAGAGUCUUUAAAGUGUUCUUUGAUCUAACACUAACCCAAACACACUGAGCAGAUGAAGAUGAAGGGGCCAUGCUCUCAAACACAAAUCUAAUGAAUUAUGAACUAUGUGUGCAACUUUAGAUGAACCACAAGCAAGAGGAUCUCCACAUUUGAAUACAUACUGUUUAAAUGCUGUUUUUAUUUAAAAUCAGAUAUAUGGUUCAUCAUCUAAACAUGUCAUAUGUAAUUUUUGCUACUGUACCUACCUAUUAAGGUUUAAGAGGUCAUUACAAGGUAUCCGCUCUCAUCCGCUCUCAUCUCAACAACAGUGUUGUUUACUGAAAACAGGUUCUAAAUCUUCUUAAAACUCGAACCCUUUCAGAAGACCCAGCUUUACAAAUCACUAAAUCUCCCCUGCUACGAGAUGAGACGGUUGGCAACUGUGGGGGAUUCCCCAUGACCCCACAAUACUCCUCAGUGGACUGUUUUUAUGCUUGAGACAUCCUGUAUAGGGAAGAUUGACGUCAGUAUUGCUUAAAAUGUAUUUUUGGAGAAAUGUGUGUGUGGCAUAUAAUUAGGAGUAUUCCCCGUCACUCAGUCUGUACAUAGAAUAAAUAACACAUAUACAAAGA